AUUUCUCAGAGCAUUAUGUCAUAGAAGAUCAUGGGGAGUUUGACUUGUAUUAUGACCCGUUAUAUGAAACCUUUGUGUCAGAACAAGGGCAUCGAUCCAUAUCAGUGGUGUCCAUAGUUCURUGCAGCAUUGCCUGUGUCCUCGGUAUCCCAGGCAAUGCKUUUGUCAUCUGGAUAGCUGGAGUGAAGAUGAAGAGGACAGUCAACACUGMCUGGUUUGUAAACCUGGCUGUAGCAGACCUCCUCUGCUGUGUCUCCAUACCCUUCUCCAUAGCUGACAUCAUACUGAACCCUCACUGGCCUUAUGGAGAUGCUAUGUGUAAGAUUCUUCCGUCCAUGGUUGUCCUCAACAUGUUCGCCAGUGUUUUCACACUGGUUCUAAUCAGCCUGGACCGCUUUGCUCUGGUCAUCCUGCCUGUCUGGGCCCAGAACCACCGGAGCAUCACCCUGGCCUGGCUGCUCUGUGGUCUGGCCUGGGUCCUGGCCCUGCUCCUCAGCCUCCCCUCUAUGAUCUACAGAGAAAUAGAAGUCCYUGAUGAUAUGAACAUAACACUGUGCAUCUAUAACCACCUACAAGACAAAACUGAGGGCAACCAGUCGGCUAUCAAAGCCACCCACGUCACSAGGCUUAUACUCGGCUUCCUCAUCCCCCUACUGGUCAUCGCUGUCUGCUACCUGCUGAUCGGUAGGAGGGUGAGCAGCGGCCGCUUUAAAUCCCAGAGGGCCUUCCAGAUAAUUUUGGUUGUGGUGACGGCGUUCUUUGUGUGUUGGCUGCCUUAUCACGUCAUUGGACUGAUGAUCGAGUAUGGCGAGGAAGCCUCCCAGGUCAUGGCCAGGGCUCUAGACCCCCUGGCCAUCUCUCUGGCUUACGUCAACAGCUGUCUCAACCCUGUCCUGUAUGUGUUCAUGGGUCAGGACUUCAAGGAGAGGGCCAGGGUUUCUCUAAGUAAAAUAUUUGAGAAGAUCUUCAGCGAGGAUGUGACUCUGCGUUCCUCUGUGUACUCCAAGGGACAGUCACAGCUCUCACGGGCCACCAACUCGUCUGAGGCUCAAGUCUGAGUCAGAAAUGUCUGACCUAAAAUGAGUAUAAUCUGAUAUAUAAAACAUUUUACAAGCAAUUAAGAAAUUAGACUUUGACAAUAACAAAAGAGGGUUUAAAGUUCAGUCCAUGCCUUAUUUGAAAUGUUGCAUGCAUGGCUUUUUGUACAAAGCUGUUGGGUUUUUGUUUGCAAUUUGUCCUAAAAACUCUUCUGUUACACUUGUUUUUCUUAUCAGUGUAAUUAUAAUGGGGUGUGGAGGAAGGAAGUAACAACACUGUAGAUUACUCUGAUGAAGACAUACCAAAUGAAAAAAGUUUGUCACCCACCCAUCUUARACUUUCAUGUAGCACUGCAUCUAUCAUUUAAAAAAACAAACCAAGAAAUAUCAACUGGUGCUGGUUGGUGUAGUUGGUCUCCCGAGUGGRGCAGUGUUCUAAGGCACUGCAUCUCAGUGCAAGAGGUGUCACUACAGACUCUGGUUCGAAUCUAGGCUGUAUCACA